UUGCUCGGGACUGAAGUGCUCAUGACGCGGUUAGCCGAAGCGGAGGAAGUCUGUUGCGGGUGAGCCCAGGCCGUCCAGGAAAUGCGAUGGCCGAGGAGCAGUUUGGGUCUCAAGCCAAAACUCUGGGGUGUUCUCAUUACGAUAAAGAGCUCUGAGUGUGGAUAGUGAAAAUGACACCUACAUUUUCCCAUAACCUGAAGGCAUGACAAGUCAGGGACCCAUGUGGACUUCUGGCACAUGGGAAUGUGUGCACAGACCAAGGAGAUCUGUAACACCUUAGAAGCAAGAUGGCAAUCUUCUCCAGCAUGGGCACAUUCUGCUCUGUCAUCAAGUUUGAAAAUCUCCAAGAAUUAAAGAGACUUUGUCACUGGGGUCCCAUCAUAGCCCUUGGUGUGAUAGCAAUAUGUUCCACAAUGGCCAUGAUUGACUCUGUGUUGUGGUAUUGGCCCUUACAUACAACUGGAGGAAGUGUGAAUUUCAUCAUGUUCAUAAAUUGGACCGUCAUGAUUCUUUACAAUUACUUCAAUGCCAUGUUUGUGGGUCCUGGCUUUGUCCCUCUGGGAUGGAAACCGGAAAAUUCUCAAGACAGCAUGUAUCUCCAGCAUUGUAAAAUCUGCCAAGCAUACAAGGCACCACGUUCCUAUCACUGCGGGAAGUGCAAUAGAUGUGUGAUGAAGAUGGACCAUCACUGUCCCUGGAUCAACAACUGUUGUGGUUACCAAAACCAUGCUUCAUUCACACUGUUUCUCCUUUUAGCACCACUGGGUUGUAUUCAUGCUGCUUUCAUUUUUGUUAUGACUAUGUAUACACAGCUUUAUAAUCGGCUCUCCUUUGGGUGGAACACAGUCAAGAUUGACAUGAGUGCAGCCCGGAGAGAUCCUCUUCCCAUCAUCCCCUUUGGAUUAGCUGCAUUUGCUGCCACUUUGUUUGCCUUGGAAUUAGCUCUAGGAACAACCAUAGCUGUUGGGAUGCUCUUUUUUAUACAGAUGAAAAUAAUUCUAAGAAACAAAACUUCUAUUGAAUCAUGGAUUGAAGAGAAGGCUAAAGAUCGGAUUCAAUACUACCAGCUAGAUGAAGACUUUAUUUUCCCCUAUGAUAUGGGAAGUAGAUGGAAGAACUUCAAACAGGUAUUUACAUGGUCAGGAGUCCCCAAAGGAGAUGGUUUGAAGUGGCCAAUAAGAGAAGGAUGUCACCAGUACAGCUUAACAAUAGAACAGCUGAAGCAAAAGGCAGAUAAGCGAGUCCGAAGUGUUCGCUGUAAGGUAAUAGAAGAUUACAGUGGUGCCUGCUGUCCUUUAAGUAGAGGACUCAAGACUUUCUUCACCAGCCCCUGCACUGAAGAGCCUCGGAUACAGCUGCAGAAAGGGGAGUUCAUUUUAGCCACAGGAGGGCUGCGAUACUGGUUGUAUGGAGACAAAAUACUUGAUGAUUCCUUUAUAGAAGGUACUUCCAGAAUAAGAGGAUGGUUCCCUAGAAACUGUGUGGAAAAAUGCCCCUGCGAUGCCGAAACACACCUGGCCCCCGAGGGUGAGAAGAACAGAUAG